GUUGAGUUUGUUUAGUGGGGAGAAGAGACGCCGAGGCGCUGAGUUGCGGUCGACAAUGUCACACAAAAACAGUUAAAAGCUACGUUUAUUUCCGUUUCGGCUCGUUUUUAUUUAGUUUCUGACAUUUGGACUGGAGCAUGGAGCCGAUAACGAGGUGGACGCCAAAACAAGUUGUGGACUGGAUGAAAGGCUUGGACGACAGCUUGCAGCAGUAUGUUAGUAACUUUGAGCGGGAGAAGAUCAGCGGGGAGCAGCUACUGAAGAUCUCACAUCAAGACUUGGAGGAACUGGGUGUAGCGAGGAUUGGACACCAGGAGCUGGUUCUGGAGGCCGUCGAUCUGCUCUGUGCUUUGAAUUAUGGAGUAGAAACAGAUAAUUUGAAGAAUCUGGUGGUGAGGAUGAGAGCUGCAACCGGUAGUCUCCACACAGCCACGACCGACCGCAGGAAAAGCCCGGCGUACGACGGGAGCGUCUCUCACAAGCCACCAAAUGACUUCCUGACCUCUGUGGUGGAGCUGAUUGGUGCUGCCAAGAGCCUCCUGGCUUGGCUCGACAGGACGCCUCUUACCGGGAUGAGCGACUUCACGGCCACCAAGAACAAGAUCAUCCAGCUGUGCCUGGAGCUCACCACCACCGUUCAGCAGGACUGCAGUGUUUACGAGAUGGAAGAAAAGAUCCUUGAAGUUUCAAAGGUUUUGAACCAUAUCUGUGAUCAGACCGUGAGAACGACAUCUGACCCCCUCAUGAGCCAGUCUGCAUGCUUGGAGGAGGUCCAGCUGACCGACAUCAAGCCCGGCGAGGGUCUGGGAAUGUACAUCAAGUCGACCUACGACGGUUUGCAUGUCAUCACUGGAACCACGGAACAUUCCCCUGCAGAUCUAUCCAGGAAGAUCCACGCUGGUGAUGAGGUGAUCCAAGUCAACGAGCAGACUGUGGUCGGUUGGCAGCUGAAGAACCUAGUUUUCAAGCUAAGAGAGGACCCCAAAGGUGUGGUUCUGCUGCUAAAGAAGAGACCCACGGGCACGACUGGUUUUACCCCCGCCCCUCUUAAAAACAUGCGCUGGAAGCCCCCAGUUCCUCAGAAUAAUUCCUCUCUGAUCAGAGCUCAGUCCCCCAGCGGCUCAGCUAAUGGUUCAACCAAAAAGGAGAAGCCGGGUAUCCAAGACUUGUACAUUCCUCCUCCUCCUCAGAUGCCGUACACUCCCCGAGAGAUGAGAACAGACUCAUUUUCCAGCAUUAGCAAAAGACCAAAAGGCUCUGAGUCACCCAACUCCUUCCUGGACCUGGAGAGCAGAAAACGCACCACCAUUGCAGAUUGUGACAAAUUAAGUUCUGGCUGUCCCAUUGAAGCCAACGUGAUUCAACCCAGAAUGAGGGAGCGUAAGCCUUCCCGUGGAAAGCAACGGCCACUGUCGAUGCCGGCGGAUACGUGUGUGGGAGUUGUUGAUGUGUAUGCCAAGCCCUGGGCACAGGGUAGGAAAGGUGAGGACCUGCUGUACCGAUACCUGAGUAACGAGCGCAUCCCCACCAUCGCUGAGGAGGUCCCGACGGUGUCCCCGCCCUACCGGCCUGCAGCCGAGCGGCAUCUCAUCCGGGUGGACAACAGCCGAGGCAGCCGCUACUAUUCCAACUCAGACCUCCACAACAGUGCCACCAUUCCCUACCAGGAGGACAUGAAAAAGACCCCCGUAAGCACCCCCAUCUCAAAGCGCACGUCGGCGGAACGCUCCCUACUGGUCAGUUGGAUCACGCGGCUUAAGCUAUUGACUCACUGAUGAUGUGCUUCCUAUGCGGGGCUUCCUGUUCCUGUCCUGUGUUCCUUCUCGGUGCCUUUAACGUCCAGCUGGGUUUUUUUUUUGAACAGCUCUGGGCUUUCUCACCCAACCCACCCCCUCCCAAAUCUCCAUGUUUCCCUGGUGUUACUGCUAACUGCUACUAGCUACUACAACUCCUGCUUUUGUAGAACUCACUACAUCAAGUCAUCACCUGUUUAACAAUUACCCACAAUCCUCAUCUCUGACUGAACACCUCAAGAGAUUUUGUUCAGGUUUAGGAGACGUAGCCUUUGUACAUAAUAAAUUAUGUCUUAUUUUAAUAGUUCUGGUACAGAAAGCUUCAAACAUUGAAGUUCCUCAGUUAUGUGCUUCUCAAUUUUCAGUAAAAAGUUUUGAUUUAAUGUUGCGUUUAUUUUCUUGAGUUGAUUUGUUAUCAGUUACUUACAGUUUGCCACUGGUUGCCUCUUGUAAGCUAUGCAUACAACCUCUACAGUCACUUUAGUCGACCGUGCUGAAUUCGAUGGUCAAAUGAUGUUUACUUCUGUGCAUGAUUUAAAGCUAUGCACUCUGUAAUAUCCUGUGUUUCAGUUUGCUCUGCCACGUCCCACCUAAAGGGCCUUGUACUGAGAUUAAUAAAGCUCGAUCUUUUAGGAUAAACUGGUCAAAAUGCCUCCUGAUGGCUCAUGACCACAAGAGACACAACGACAGUAUUAUUUAAAAAAAAAAACACACAACGUGUCUGUUGCUUUAUCUGCUUUUUGUACAAAAUUGCAAAGUUUUUUUAUUAAAAAAUCGUAGUUCAUUUCAGUGAA